AUGCCAGCCUUACGCUCUGCCUCUACCUCUGGGUCCCAUGCUUGUACCUUCUCUGGCUGCACGAAGCGAUUUUCGACCAGUGGCCAUCUGGCCCGCCACGUCCGUGUGCAUACCGGAGAAAUGGCCUUUGCCUGCUCCUUUCCCGGGUGCAAGACGCGUUGUUCACGACAAGACAACCUCAGACAACACUACCGUCUCCACUUUGAUAUCCGCGACCCUGAGGCGCUCCGGCGGCAAGCCCCACACAAGAAGCGGCGCAAGACGCGUGUUCAGCGCGUGUUGAGUUACAGUGACAUUCCGCUUGUCGACAACCUCCCCAGUCCCCUGUCGAUAUCAGAGCAGUCCUCUUCCGCGAGUUCAAGCAGCUCUCGCUCGUCACCCUACCAAGUCCAUUUAGAUUUGGACGAGUCGAUAUACUGCCACUCUCCGCCAUCGCAGCCGCUGUUAUAUGCACCAGAUGCUGACCCACCAGCAACACUCUUCCUCUCGCCCCCCCCCCCCAUCCACCAACUAUUUCCCCGCCUACUCACCCACCUACUCGUACGGGUACGACCACUAUUCUCCACCAUCGCCAGACCACUAUCCGCCGCAAUCGCCCCCACACUGGUAUUCUGGAAAUUCGCAGUCUGGCGUGUACAUUUGUUAAUCGUCACCCCGGUGAUGUGUUCAGCGAAAGCAUGUUGCUAUGAUUACACGAGAACUAUAUCAAUACAUGUGUUUUUUGUAAGUAGUACUAUACCAAAAAGAGAUCAAGCAAAGCUGUUUUCCACGUCGGCGCUGUCGUCCCCUUGCUCGAGGUUCGCAAACGUAAGGAAGGCUGCUGGUCUAUGCUCCUCCGCCCAGAACAACAAUGGCGUGUCGAGCACCAUCGAGUACCCGAUAUUCGGCGCCCACAAUUGCGUUAGGCCAAUACCGUAG